AUGAUUAUUCUUUCAGCCACGCCACCGGCGUUGUCCUCAAGCAAUCUGUCCCUGUAUUACGCAAAAGAUGCUCUCCUGGAGAAUCUCCCGAUUUUGGUCUUCUAUGGCCCAUCUACGACUGGCAAUUCAACCCAAAACAGCUCACGCAUCCAGGCGCACAUCUACUCUCUCGCGGGACUCCAAACAUUUCCUCGUCUUACCGUUGCUCCUACAUCACCUUUGUACGCAGCCGUAAACCAUCUUCCCGCAGAGCAGCAGGGUGAUGAAAUUUGCCGGGGCUUGGCAGUUAGUGUCCUCAGCUACUUUGCUGGGCUACCAAAAGCCAUGAAGACCUCAUUGAUAGAGCGAGCGGCGGUCCGUCGACCAAAUCGUGCAGCUCCGAUGAUGUUUGAUGAGAUGCAUGCAGCAGACAUAGCAGCUAAUAUGGUAGAAAUUGAAGACAUGUCAGAAAUUGCCAACUGCGUUAUGUCCGCUGUUUCGACGCCGGUGCUGUCAUGGGUCGAUAUGGAUGUAGUCCUGCCGCCAGGAACAAUUCAACGAGCUAAGUCUUCCGACGGCGAAGACAACACCCCGCUGUUUGACAACGAUGGACUACCGCUCUACCAUUAUGGCCAAUACACAUCCAUCAUUGAAUGUCUCGGCUCAGCGGCCUUUCUACCUACCUCAAAACUUCAACGAGCUCCUUCGAGGCCAACAGCACACAGCAGAAGCAGGGUUCUCUCAAAGGAUCAGAAAAUCUCUCUGCGAAGAGAAAUGUGUGAGUUAGUCGACACAGAGAGCAGCUAUACUGGCAAGAUUCAGAACUUGGUCCAAUUCAUAGCUGCAGAUUUUCGUCAGAUCGCCAGAUCCGAAAUUGUGAAUGGAUUAUUUCCUGAAAGCCUAAAUCGCAUCCUGGAGACCAAUGAGAGGUUUUACGAGGAUAUACAAGCAGUGCUUGACGAAACAGAAAACGAAGCGAUUAACGAUAUUGAAGGAAACACUAGCAGUGAGAGCGACCUUGGAAGCCCAAUCACGCAAGGCAGGAGGAGGGACCCCACUGGUACUCUCCAUUUUGCGAAAGCUCUCCUCAGAUGGUUCCCUAGAUUCAUGGGCCCGUAUCAAGACUAUCUACGAGCCAGCACAGAUUUUUCAAACAUCAUCAGUCAGUCUUUAGCGGACCAAUCAUCAGCAUUGUCGAAACAUCUUCAUGACUUUGGCGAGCAGCGAUUACGAUCAGCUUUGAUCGAACCAGUACAGCGCCUUCCUCGAUACAGUCUCCUCAUCGACAAUAUGACCAGCUUGCUUCCUGCUUCGCACCCCGCGUUGUCUAGUCUAUUGAAAGCCCGAGACGUUAUCACAGAUAUCUGUGCUUUAGAUACGCAAUUACCUGGAGACGUUGCACGUUCUGCAAAAAUUUUGAGGAACAUUGUCGCAGAUUGGCCCGCAACUUUCUCGGCCCGUGGACGUCUUAUUACCGCUGUGGAUGUUCUAGAGCUCAACCCUCCAUAUGCAACGAACGGGGAAGGUACGGCAGGAAUCAUGUUGCUCUUUGUUGACUCUAUCGUACUUCUGCAAAAAGCCGGGAACAGCCCUUUGUCUGCGAGAGGCAUCAUUGCUGAGGUAGAUCGUCCCACAACACCUACUAACGCAUUCUUUUCUUCUAGCCUCAGCCUUGACAAAGAUCUUAAAUUUUUGGGAGCAUAUGAUCUCUCUCAGCUGAGAUUCUCGGAGUCUGAGAGUGGUCAUCUGAUCCGGAUGACACUGUUUGGUGGUACAACAGUAAACCUCAAUACAUCUCGACACUCACAAAGUCUUACCAAAGUCUUCCUGGCGCUCGGUCCUUACGAUGGUAAAGCAGCGCGAUUUGGCGAAGAGGUGAUAAAAGCGAGGAUCGAGAGCCGGUUUUCAGAUGCCACUCGUGAUAGUGGAAAGUGGGCUUUGCGCUCGAUUAAUCCAUCCCCAGGGAGUUUGGGUGUUCUAGUAGCUUUGUUGGAAGAGCAGUCAGAAAGUACCAAUUUAACGCAGGGGCAGUGCCAGAUCCGACUUCACGUGGACUCAUCGAAAGAAACCGACUCCAUUACUACGCAAGGCCAUGGAACAGAGAUCGCCGCUUCCAUCAAGACUCUGGGCUCCGGUAGCUAUCGCUUGGACACCGAAAGUAUUGACGGCACUUGUUUUACCGAUACUUGUAAAUCCGAGGAUCUCCUGUCAGUUCUUCUCAGGAGACUGGGCAAUCUCGUUCGCCUCCAGAACCAGCCUCAAAAUCCUCUCUUGAUUCAGUCACAGAUAUCCUACAACAGCACAAUCCUUGCUGCGAUGCCGAUCCGAAAGCCGCAAGAAGAUACUCGGUCUCGAGUAUUUCGGCCCAUCUCACCUGUCAAGAUGAUAUCCAAUUUUCUAAACGCAGGUCAAGCAAGUCAGCCCAGUACUCCGUCGAAACACCGUCACGACAUACCUCCCAUCAGAAACACUCCAUCAAUACCACCUCCGACACCUGCAAAGACCCACCCUGAUCUGGCGGACAAUCAUCCACACAACAAGGUUACAUUAGUAGAGACUGCAGCGGAAGCUGAAAAGAGCCCCCUAGCGCUUUUAGAAGAUACAUUCACUGCGUACGUUGUGGCGCUUCGCUCACGGAGUGGCAAUGUUGUGGGUAAAGUUCUCCGAAGCCGAGCGACAGCCGAUGAGCUCGUUGUCAAUGAGCUUUAUAACAUCCUUCUUGAGGAUCCCAGCAGGCUUCAGGCAGCCGCAGAAGUCUCUGUUGAUGUACUCUUCGCAGCCUUCGAGAAAUUCUUGCAAAGAGCAUGGAGAGAGCGCAUGGGUCCCCUGCUUGCUGCAAAUGUCCUUCAGGGUCUGCAAGCGACCUUUGAUUCAGGAAGACCUGCGGUAUUCUCACAGCAAUUUAAGCGAUCCGUAGAAGACAUGUCUCCGCAGAACAGUAGAGCUUUCGCAGCCACAGUAAAGCUUCUUUCGGAUCUCCUUGACGCCUCUGGAAACGAUGGAGAUCGUGGUGCUCUAAUGGCCAGCUUCGCUGAAGCUUUGGUACUUGACGGCAAUCCCCAUGAUUACAUCACGCUUCUUGACCGUUUGGUUGAUGAUUAUGACAGUCUAUUCGAUGACCCUUCUAAGCAACUUGACCAAGACGGUAACACUAGAUCAGCCACCGGUUCUUUGACAAGGACUCGAUCAAUUAAUACCGGAUCUCUCAGCUCUAAUGCAUCGUCUCUGAAGAGGAGGUUUGGACUCGGCACCUUGAGCCGUGAAAAUAGCAAGAACGAAUCCGAGUCAAAGGUCGCAUCAAUAUGGCGUACUCUCAGCAAGAAUGCCAGAAGCCCUGGCGAGGGCCAUUUCCAUUCAACAAGUCUUUCCAAAGCCUCCCUAGGAAGGUCUAGAUCAACAGAUACAGACAAUCGAAUGCUUCCACCAUCGAGACCAGUAUCUCGCGACAGGCCUACAACCUCAGGCUCUAUGACCCAAGAUGAUCCCAAACCUCGCCCUGGGAGCGCACAUCUAAAUACUUCUACGCUGAGCAGCAUUGGCGAAGGGACGCCAACCAAAACAACUCCUUUGCCGAAGAAAAGGCAUCGUCGUAGCUCACUCUCUGAUAUAACGUCCAUUCGAGACCCAGAUGUCAUCGCCGCAUGGUCUCCACUGCAACCUCGUAAGCCCGCGACGCUCAGGGAGAGCAACAGUAAGAUCGCGACACCACCAAGGACGCAGUCCCCAAUCAAGCAGUCUCCGAGUCAAGGUAUCACAAAGCAGUCUCCUCAAUUGUCCGGUUUGCCACGUCGGUUUGGAUCACCACAACGGAAAGAGAACUCACCAGUCCGCGAGACCUUCUCCAGGAAAUCGAACUCUCCAUCAGUACCUCGGACCCCGAGCGCUAAGCUAGCCGAUAAGAACAAAUCGGAGGAAGUGGUAAUUACGAGCUACAGCCCUCAAAGACGGCAGGUCUCUCGAUCCGGCAUCCCCGCGCCCAAAGGCGGACUCAGCGAACGUACUUGGCCUCCCAAUGGUAAUUCCAACCUUCCCAAGACACCCUUUCAGUCGCCUCAAAAGCUGCGCAUGCAGAGCCCACAAAAGCUUCGCGAACGUCUGAGCCAAGAGAAUAAGUCUCUCGCCUCUGCCGACUCCUCUUUCCAAGCCGAGAUUGCCAAGAUCGGCGAAGAGAUAUCUUCUGUAUACAAGCUUCAACGCUCAGCUACGAAAGCAAAACCUCAAACUCAGCCCCCAUCAGCACCGCCCUCUUUGCAAACCCUAUCAACACAGCUAUCCAGUCUCUCUACCACCCUUUCCACUUUCACAAUGGCCCAUACCACGUCACUAUCCUCACUCUCCUCCGACAUUGAGUCCUCACUCUCGAUCAGCGACAAGAAGGCCCGGAAACUCGAUGAGUUAUACCGCGAAGCUAACGCAGAGAAUGAAGCCUUAUAUGAGCGCUUCAAUGAUGAGUUGGGAAAGAUAUUGGGGAAGGUGAAGAAGGGCGAGGGAGUAGAGGAGACGAGGAGCAAGCUUAAAGAAGCGCAAGAGGAGGUGGCGAAGCUAAGGAAGGAGAAUGGGAGGCUUAAGAGGGAGGUCGUUGGUUUGAGAAGCUUGAUGAAGGAGGGGUGA